UUUCCGACCAACUUGGACCCACUACCAACCUUUUGAAACUGCUUAUAAAGGCAAUGAAACUUUUGCUUUGCCCACCUCACUCAGUGGAACAGGUUUCUACUCCUAGAACUUCCACUUUCUUCUGGUAGAAUACAACCCUUGCUCUGAGAUGGCUCAGGGAAGAGGCAGGGCAGAUUAUCAGGCCAAGUUCACAGUUGCUUUGCUACUGUGUUUACUGGUUUGCCUUCAAAAUAUUGAUGCGGCAACUUAUACUGUUGGAGGCGCCAGCGGUUGGACUUUCAACAUGGCUACUUGGCCAAAAGGGAAAAGCUUCAGGGCUGGUGACGUGCUCGUAUUCAAUUACGAUGCGACAAUCCACAAUGUGGUAGGUGUGAACAGAGCAGGUUACACCGGUUGCACCACACCGGCAGGCGCAAAAGUGUACACCUCAGGGAAAGAUCAGGUAACACUGGCGAAGGGACCAAACUUCUUCAUAUGCAACACUGCUGGCCACUGUGAGUCUGGAAUGAAGAUUGCCAUAAAUGCAGUCUAACGCAAAUCUAGAUUUUCACCCACUGUCUUCUUAAGAAUAAGUUAAAAAGUAUCAUCGUGCUUUGGUUUAGGUAGCUGGCGUGAGUAGAAAAUUAGGAAAAAACAAAAUGUUUCAUUGUUGUAAUGUUGCCAAGUUUUAGCAGAUGCAAUGUUUUAUGUGCAGUAGUUUUGUGUAUAUUCACUUUGUAAGGCCCACCAGGGCUCACGGACUUUGUUUUACUUGUAUUUAGUUAAAAUCGGUGUUGGUAUUGCGUUA